GCCACUCAUGGGUUACUGUGCCACCGUGGUUGUGAGCUUCUUUUGUGUGGCUUAUUAUCCUGUUGCGCCUAUAAGUAAAGCCAGCACAAUGAUGAACUUGCACGCUUCCAGCCAACUUCCUGCAGUUCUAUAUACCCUCGAGCUCGCAGCUCUCCAAGGUUCAGUGUCGAACGUUCAACCAUACAUUCAAACAACACUCUUUACAAUAUGACACACACUAUAUGUGCACUUGGUUUUCUGUUCUUUCUGUCUCUGGAUCUAGUUUCUGCACGCCACAUUCCUCGAGGCUGCCAUUCACACACCAGUGGGUCUGGUAGCAACUCCACUGUCGACCCCUUGUCUGGCAUCAUUACUGCGGGCAGUGCACCUCUCGCCACCAUCACCAACAGCAGCUCCUCAUCGUGUUUCCCGUCUGCGGAUUUCAUCAUGCCGUCUAGUGUUCCCAGCUCGACCGACGGUUGGUGGUGUUCCGCGGAUACUGAGUAUGCGUUCCUUGGAUUUAGUUAUGAAGUCACUGCUUGCCAAUCCACGAGCCAGCUCAACAAGGAAUUUGCUGACAUCAAGCACACCUUUGGAUCGAGAUACGUCCGACUUUACGGCGCUUGCGAUAGAGACGGUUUCUAUGAUGAUAUCGUUGAAGCUGCAUGGGAGGUAGGUCUAGGCGUUCAUGCCUUGAUUUGGUUUGGAUUCGAUGGAACCGAUCAGUGGAUGACUCGCCGUGACUCGCUGGUUUCUUCGCUCACUAGCAACCCCAAGGCCAAGUUCGUCACUCGAGGCGUCCAAUUUGGUUCUGAGCCUCUGUUUGAUAACGUCUUGCCGCAUUCGGAGCUUGCAUCUCAGGUCGAGUCUUUGAAAUCCGAGCUCAUUGGGGUCGGCAUCCCUGUUACUGUCAGCGAACUCGCAUAUGGAUACCAGGAGCGUGGCGGCGCCCAAGAUGUGCUCGAUGCCAUUGACUUUAUCAACAUCCACAUGCUCCCUUUUUUCUCGACCAAUGCAACUUGUGGUUCUGCUGCAUGGCCACUCGUUGUGAAUGACACGAACUGGUUUAUCCAACACGGCGAUGGGAAGAAGAUGUACUUUGACGAGAAUGGCUGGCCAUCCGUCACUUCACCCAGCGUUCAGCCAAACAGCGAUCUUGCUCAGGCCUCGGUGACUAAUGAGGAGGGCUACUUUUCUAUGCUCGAUAGUCAUUGCGAAGAUCUCAAAAAGGGUCCUCAGGGUGGUAUCGGUUGGUUCGCUCAUAUCUACAGCGACAACCAGGAGCCUGGUUAUGGCAUCUACAACACCGCUGGGAAAAAGAAAUUCCCCUUCAAGCCUCGUACGCGGUGCUAGACGUCGUUGUAUCACCACUCGGGCUCUGGACAAUUCGUUUAUUCAUUAUUCACUCCAUUUAUUAUUUACAGUUAAUUGGAAAUGUAUAACGGCAGAUCUGCAUCCUACACUCAAGCGCUUAGCUAGACUCAUUAGGAUAUCAUGUAGCAUUAUCACAAUGACAAUAUACCUACU